AUGGCAGAGGCAGAGGUUGCCCCAAGAAAGAGACUCAUAAUUAAGCUUCGUUUGCCGCGUUCAAGAACAGUGUCAUCCGAAGAGUGCAAACUAAAGCAUGAUGCUGAUACUGCAAAGCCUGGACCAGAAUUUAUGGCUUCUGAGAAGAGGAAGAAAGAUCAGCAUUGCAGCACUACUGAAUACUCGUGUAUUGUAGUGGGAAAGAGCCAUGCAGAAGGUUCUAGAACCUUGUCAACUGAUGCACAGUGCAAACAGAAGAAGGACGAUGAUGGUGCUGAUUCUCGCGGAGGCAGAAAGAGAAGAAAGUUGGCAACUUCUGAAGGUUCUAAGGUGCUUGACUCAAUGAACACAAAGAAGGAAGAGGAAGAACAUCACAAUGCAUGUUCAAGAAUCCCAAGAACCGGUUCGAAGAAGGAAGAGGAGAUGAAGGUUGUUCUGAAUGAGAAGAGAAUGGACCGUUAUCAAAAGAUGCAGUGUUGGGUGAUCUUGAAGCGCUUCAUGGUUGGAAGAGAUGGCUGGGCUUUCAAUAAAACUCUGGAUCCCAAGAAGUUAGGGAUUCUUGGUAACAAAUGUGAGAGUGUGUUGUUGAAGCCAAUAGGGUUUGAGGAUAUAGAGUCAAAGCUGAACAAAUUCGUGUAUUCAGGGCCUGAUGAAUUUGCAAAGGAUAUGAGGCUUUUGUUUUCUUAUGGAUUCAUGUACCCUCAAAGGGAUCAGAUUCAUAGAGUUGCAAGGAGAUUCAGUGACAGCUUUGAAAUUACUUGGAAGGCUUUGACAGAAAAGUGGUCAACUGAAGAGAGGAAAAGGAAUAAGAUCUUCAAGAGGGAAAGAAGCUCUGAAACUGUUACCAAAGGAAGAAGCAGAAAGUGGAAGAAGGCCACGUAG